UUAGCGAAAAUGUUGUCGGAGGCUUCGUUAAGGAGAUAUUAACGGAAAACAUUGCCCAAUCAGAGCGCGCGUAUACCGUUGGAGCAGCCGUGGUAGCGUAGGCUACGAGCUAAGCGGCCGCGUCAAUGGCCUUCGAUGCACGUCGAGUCGCUUGUUUGCGUACAAGCGCGGCCGCUUAGCACACAGCCUUCGCUACCGCGGCCGCUCCAACGGUAUCCGCGCGCUCUGAUUGGUCAGUGUUUUCCGUUAAUAUCUCCUCAACGAAGCCUCGGACAACAUUUUCGCUAAGGAAAAAGUUGUUUCAAAUCACCUCCCGAACCAUCUUUCUCAAUGUGUUACAACAUUUUUGGGACACCUUGUAUAAAUAAACGGUUGCCUGGUCUUAUAAAAUUCGUACAUUUUGUAUCGAACCGUUUUUUCGUUAUAGAUCUCAUGGAACUCUACAGAAAACAUAUAGAAAGUUUCUCACUAAAGCGAAAACUCAAUUUUUCAAAACUAAAGGAAUGAUUUUUCUAAGAUUUUCCAAGGGUGUCUCAGUCUAUAAAAAUUAUUUUCUACUUCCUCGAUGAAAAUUAAGCAUAUUUCGUUAAUUAACACGUAGGAGCAACACGUAUUAUUUAUGAGAAAAAAUGCCUUAAGCAUCUCGCGCAAAUAUUGGAUCGGUGCUGUCGCUAGAUCAUUCUAAUGUGUGCGCGUGCGCGCGCAUCGAAGAUCGACGAAGAAACGUACGGUGGGGUGGAAGAGGAGAAUUCAAAAGGAAGAAACGAGAUGCGCAUAGAAAGGUGCAGAGAAGAAAACGCCGGCACCGGGAAACUAAACGUUUCAAUAGACGCUGAGCGCUCGUGCGGCGCGCUGGCAACAAAACAGAGUUUCCUGUACGUUUCGUUGGCGAUAUUUCGAAUCGGUGAAAAGGACUCGCUCGAGGUCCGCUGUGAUAUUCAACGCUCUAAUAGAAGAAAGAAGAUGUCCCGAUUAAUCGAUCUACGCGCGUGCUUUUUCCUGCUGCUGGCCAUCCAAUUGGAUCAAUACUUCCCCUGGAACCGAGGUGCCAUACUGAUCGAGGGGAUAAUGGAGGCCCAGUUUGAGAAAUGCUGCGAGCUCGGGACUUCGUGGGCCAGGGAAGGGCUCGGUUGCGAGAAGUUCGCGGGACCUGUGCCCGGUGUGCCGACAGUGGAGCAAGGUCUCUGCUUGGAGGCUGUGGACAUUUGCUGUGUGAGAGAGUAUCACGAGCGGCAAUGCCAGAAAGGGAAAGCGGAUGCACGUGCUGGUUUAGCAUGUGUUAAGUCUGGCGCUAAAACCAGACGCCUGGGACCCGGCGAUUAUCAUCGCGACUGUUGCGAGGGCUGUAAAUUAGGUAUCCUGGCUGGAUCUAUGGGCCAGGAGUGCGCUUUCAAAAGAUUCACCUUUGGUAUUCCAUGGGAUCCAGCGUUUCUGGAGUGUUGUUACGAAGCAUCGCCGAGCACCACGACAACGUUCACUUCGGAUUCUACGAAUGGAACUUCACCGAGCCAAAGUACCGAUGCUUCUUCUUCGUCGGGAACGCAGAAAUCAUCGAAUCCGACAUCGUUCUCGCCGUCGGUUCCUACGCCUCCUUUGGAUGACAUUUGCCAGCUCAUGAAAGGAUUAUGCUCCGACAUCUGCGUUCCCACGCCAGGAUCUUACUAUUGCAAGUGCCGCGAAGGUUUCACUUUACUGGAAGACGAGAAAACUUGCAGACAAAACCUACCGGUUGACAGGUGUAAAUCGACAAACCCUUGCGAGCAACGUUGCACGGAUAAUGGAGUCGCGGUGAUAUGUAGCUGCAAUCCUGGUUACGUCCUAGCGAACGAUGGACGUUCUUGCAUUCCCAGAUCAUCGGAUAGGGAAAGCAUAAGGCCAGACGAAGGGAGUGACUUGUCACCAGUUUGUCCGAACGGUUACCGAUAUAACGCUACCAGACAGGUUUGUGACGACGUGAACGAGUGCACGGAAAAGGGCUUGUGUUCUGGUCGAUGUGAAAACACUAUAGGCUCCUACGUGUGCUCCUCGAAAGAUCCCAGGGACACACCGUACGAAGAAUGCCCUAUUGGGUACCAAUGGGAUCCUGCUACUAAGCUCUGCACAGAUAUCGACGAAUGCGUGAUACUAUCAGAACCAUGUCCCGGUGAGAAAAAGUUUUGCGUCAAUACGCAGGGUAGUUUCAAUUGCCUCGAAAUGAAGGGAAUAAAAUCUUGUCCAGCUGGAUUUAAAUUUGAUAAAUUAUCGCAACAGUGUAAAGAUGUAAACGAAUGCGCAGAAGGAAUUCACAGUUGUCUCGACGGCUCGGAAGAGUGUCGAAAUACCGAGGGUGCUUACGAGUGCGAUGUAAAAUGCAGGAAAGGAUUCACCUAUAGCAUCAAUUUGGGUACUUGCAUCGACGUGGAUGAAUGCAUCGAGUUGAAUAAUCCUUGUUCGGGACGAAACGCCACGUGCAAAAACACGAUAGGUAGCUACGAAUGCGCAUCGUUUUCGAAUAAUUCGUUGCCCUUCCCUUCGGUUGAUCAGACGGAACUAUCAACGUGUCCUGCGGGAUACAAGACGACGAACAAUCCUACAGAAUCAUGCGUCGACGUUGACGAAUGCAAAGAGCGGUUGCACUCGUGCGACGCGGACGAAAAGUGUGUCAAUGAAAUUGGUAGCUACAGGUGCGAAUUAUCUUACGAAGGGAGGAGGUUGGAUGGAAAAGACGGUGCUUAUAAUGAUUUCUCGUACAAGAGAGAACACGAACCGCAAAUUGGAAUUUCUCCGACAGCGGUUGCUCCAACUGCUAAUGUAACGGUUAUUUGCGAAUCAGGAUUCUUUUUUGAUCGACAAAUCCAAGAUUGCAUUGAUAUCGACGAGUGCAACGAUGGUUUGUCAAACUGUGGAAUUGGCGAACAGUGCGUAAAUUUUGAAGGUGGAUACAGAUGUUCACCAGCGUGUCCACCAGGAUUCCAGCCACCCAAUAAUACCGAUUAUAUGACCAGUAUCGACGUCUCCUGUAAAGAUAUAAACGAGUGUGUACUUGGGUUACAUUCUUGCAACGCAACGACCCAUUACUGCGUUAAUACAAAUGGUUCCUACCAUUGCCAGCCAUUCGUACGAACGACGACAACUACGACCAUCAAACCGAAGUACGAUUCAAAAUAUAAUAAACUACAGAACAUCGCCCCCUUCUUGUACGUGGAGCCCUGCAAACGCGGAUACGCGAGAGACUUGGUAACAGGUGAAUGCAUGGACGUCGACGAAUGUGUCUCAGGACCAGGUUGUCGGGACCACGAACAGUGUCACAAUACUCCAGGUGGUUACGAGUGUUCGCCACUCUGCACCACUGGCUGGUACUUCAGUCCAACGACUAAGGGUUGCCAAGACGUCGACGAAUGUCUCCUGGGCAGACACGAUUGCCCUCAGGGCACUCACAGAUGCGUAAACACGAACGGUUCUUACAUCUGCGAGUUGAUACCGCCGUGCAACAGCGGCUUCAAGCGUUCUUUCGCUGGCAGCUGCAUCGAUAUCGACGAGUGCUCGGAAAACACGCAUACCUGUCGAUUGGAAUUGCACCAGUAUUGCGUGAAUAGAAACGGCAGCUUCGAGUGCCUCACGAGGCUACCAUCCUGCGAGUUUGGAUACGAGUACUCUCUAGCUGUCAGACGAUGCGUAGAUAUCGACGAGUGUAGCACGGGUCAAUACAAGUGCGACUCGAAAUAUUCGGAAAAAUGCAUCAACCUACCUGGCACUUACAAAUGCGAAAGGCUUGCAACGUUUGGACGUCAGCGUCAGAAACCAGCCUGCCCUUCCGGUUUUAGGUAUCACCCUCGAUUAAGAAGAUGCACAGAUAUAGACGAAUGCGCGGAGGGUUUGGACUCUUGCAAAGGCGAAGUUUGUUACAAUCAGCCAGGUGGUUACAGCUGCGCCAAGCUCCCGACACCAGCCACUAGAACACCACCAGCGACAGCAAACCAGAUGUGCGCCGGUGGUAGCAGAUUCGUCAGGAAUCGGGGUUGCGUCGACAUCGACGAAUGCCGUGAAGUGGAAGACGUGUGUACCAGCAACGAGCAGUGCGUUAAUACAAUGGGAGGCUAUACUUGCAAUUGCAAGACUGGUUUCAAACGCGACGAUUUGACUCAAGCUUGCGUGGACAUCAACGAGUGUCAAAUUCAGGAAGAUAGUUGUUUGCCAACGCAAAGAUGCGACAAUACCAUAGGAAGUUACACCUGUACGCGAUUUUUACCAUGCGGUACGGGAUACACUUUAAACGCCGCGACGGAGAUCUGCGAAGACGACGACGAGUGUAGCCUUGGUACCCACGACUGCGGAGACGGGUAUCAUUGCAGGAACACACUGGGCUCGUAUCGAUGCGAUCGCAAUCCACGUACACCGGUUGCACAGCCUCGAAUAGGAGCUUCAACGCUGGCGAUCACCACAACGACACCGUCCCCCGUCACGCCUCCCUUGUUGACAACUCAAUGGCCAACUAUUUGUCCGCGCGGAUUCGAGCUUGCUCCUGGAAACAAGUGCUUAGACAUAGACGAGUGCAAGCUGAAUCCGAAUCUUUGUGGCAGAACUACCCAGCGAUGCAUCAACACCAUUGGAUCUUACAAGUGCACAUCGAGAGUAAUAUGUAGCAAUGGAUAUACCCUGGACCCCGUGUCAGGACAGUAUUGCAUAGACGUGGACGAAUGCGCGGAUGGUAGCCACGAGUGCUCUCCAGAUCAAACCUGCGAGAACAGAUUGGGUGGGUACGUUUGCGUGUGUCCGUCGGGACACGUCAAUGGACCGAACAAGGACUGCGUUGACAUCGACGAGUGCAGCAUUUACGGCAACGUCUGCGGAUCGAACAGUCGUUGCGAGAACACGGCUGGCUCCUACAGAUGUAUCUGCGAAAGUGGCUUUGAAAACGCUGCUGGUUACAAUGAUGUUUGUCGAGAUGUCGACGAGUGCCAGCGAAUCCCUGGUUUGUGUCAGCACAUGUGCACAAAUGUUCCUGGUAGCUACAGAUGCAGUUGCAGGCGUGGAUUCAGGCUGAACCCCGACAAUCGUUCCUGUACGGACGUUGACGAAUGCACAGAGUUUAAAAGCCAUAACCUGUGCGUAGGAAUUUGCGAGAAUACGCCUGGUAGCUAUGCUUGCAAAUGUCCAGAUGGUUACAGACUUGGACUCAGUGGACGUACUUGCGAAGAUAUCGACGAAUGUAGCACGGGAAAUGCGUGCAGAGGAUCCGAUGAGAUUUGUCACAAUACUAGAGGUGGCUUUCGAUGUAACAAAAUAAACUGUCCAGCAGGGUAUCACAGAGAUCACGAAAGAAAAAACCGAUGCGUGCGAACGUGGCCUUGUUCAGCCCAAGACACAGCUUGCCAUUCAUCGCCGCUCCAUUAUUCGUACAACUUCAUCACUCUCGUCAGCAUGUUCCCAAUAGCGCCCAAUAGACCGGAAGAGAUAUUCAAGAUGAAAGGAUACCAUCCAGCAGGUUCUGUGAUCCAAUUCAGUAUGGCGUUUGUAGAUGUACGCGCUCCACCUGGUGUACAACGUGCCACCGAAUCGUGUUUUGCAUUAAGAAGACCUGCGCCGUCUCAAGCUGUGUUAGUAAUGACAAGAAGCAUACAAGGUCCUCAAGAAAUCGAGCUCGACCUCAGCAUGGAGGUGUAUCACAACACGGUCUUUGCAGCAAGCGCGGUAGCUAAAAUCCUUAUUUACGUGUCUCAGUACGAAUUUUAACUUUUGUAAGAGAAGCAGAGCGUCGAUUCAAAAUAUACGAUAGCUUCCGAAACAAGGACUCUUUUCAAGGUGGUUCAGUUAAAAGAUGAUAACAGUUCAGAUCGUCUCAUAACUUUGGAAACUUAAAAUUUACAUCUUUAAUAUACAUCUGUAUGAAAUAUGGGUUCGAUUAUAAAUGAUCUAGUAAGACUGUAAAACAAUUUGUACAAUACAGAUCGAAACCAAAAUAAGUAAAGUAAAUUGAUAAGUGUGGAGUAACAUAUUUUUCUAUUUCGGCAAACUUGCCCGUUUAGUACCAAAACGAUAUGCGGUAGAAAAAGAGCGGGCGCUUCAAGAUUUAAAUACAUAACAAUUAAAAAUUGUUUAAUCUUGUUAAAUCAUCAAAUUGGGAUUAAUAAAAAAAUUUAUUAAAAAUAUUUAAAUAUUGCAUAUUGAUUAUGAAUGCUAUGAAACAUUGUGUUAAGUAUUAUUGUUAUAAAUUUUUAAUGUAAAUCAUUGCUAGUGUCCAUCACAAUGACUCUUACGGUAAUUUCAAAUAAUAAUAUGAAAACGUUAUGUAAAUGUUAGAGAAAUAAAGUUAUAUUUACUCAGG